AUCCCUGUUCCCAUGAACCCAUGAAAGAGCACGAAGCCCAUGUGUGUAGUACACAACAUUUUCCUACAGAUGUCGUUCAUAGUGUUGGGUCAAUUUUUGUGGUCUGGAAGCGUGUGACAUGGCUGGAAAUAAAUUAGAGGAAAUGGAGAACGUGGAGAAGGAGGAGGAUGGUGUGGAAGAUUUGCUACCGGAAUUACAGAUUAAACACCCAUUGCAAAAUACUUGGACGCUCUGGUAUUACGAAAAUGACCGGAAUAAAACCUGGGAAGAAAAUCAGCGAGAGAUCAUCAGUUUUGAUACAGCUGAAGACUUCUGGAGUUUGUACAACCACAUAAAGAUGGCCAGUGAUUUGCAUCAGGGCUGUGAUUACUCUUUGUUCAAGAAAGGGAUACGUCCAAUGUGGGAAGAUGAUGCAAACAAGCAAGGAGGCCGCUGGUUAAUAAACCUGGCCAAAAAUCAGAGAGCAAAUGAAUUAGAUAAAUACUGGCUUGAAAUACUGUUAUGCAUGAUUGGUGAAGCGUUUGAUGAGAAUAGUGAAGAUAUCUGUGGAGCUGUUGUAAAUGUUCGAUCGAAGGGAGACAAGAUUGGUGUCUGGACUGCUGAUGCUCAGAAAUCACAGAGUGUUAUGGAGAUUGGGCGAAAAUUGAAACAGCGCCUCAAUAUUGGCCGUAAUGUUACUAUUGGCUACCAGAUCCAUAAAGACACUAUGGUUAAAGCUGGAUCUGUUACUAAAAACACUUACACGGUAUAACAGCCUGUAUAGAUUAGGGAAGAGUUAAAUGUGGAUUACUUGAAUGGAUGAUAAUGUUUUAAAAUUGGUACACAAGUUUGAUCGCUCAAUUAUUUUUUAUUUUUGAUGAUUUUGAAAAUGUAGACUAUGGAAAAAUAUUUAUUGAAACUACAAUGUAAGUUCUUCUACACAAAUAUUUGAGUAGAGAAGAUAUUUUGGUUAAGGAGAAGUCUUUCUUUCAUGCAGUCUUGUCUCCAGUUGCUGUCUUCAUGUACUGUUAAAUCAUAUUAUUUAAGUAUAUAUUAUUCAUUUUAUGUGUAAGGACUUUCUUCAACAUGUUGACAUCUUCCAUGCGAACUAACCACUAACAAUGAGUGUGUUCAUUAUUGUCAUAACUAUUUCUUGUCAUGUAAACUUUCUAAAAUAUAAGUUUAAAUUUUCCUUAAACUAACAUAUUUAAUGCAUAAAUGGUCUUGUUCAUAUACAUGGACAGAAUUGUAAAUAUCUAAGUGAUGGAAACAGGUUAUAGAUAAAAUAUGUGAUAAUGGAAUCAGCACAUAAUAAUUGCUAUAGAAACUGAAGGAUAGGGAAUGAAUAUACUUUUUUUUAUUGUUCAAGUCCUUUUUUAAUUUGUAUAUUUUACAUUUUGUUCAUGUGAAAAACACUUUCUGUUGUAAUAUUUUGUUCGUUUAUUCAUUUUGCUAUUCAAUUCAGUUACAUGUUAGAUUUACAAUCUAGAGGUAUAAAAGUUAUUUAAAGCUUAGAAUUUGUGCUGAUAUAAUCUGUACUUAUGUAUGUAUAGAGUGUAUUCUGCAUUUUCCAUAUUAAAAAAGAAAACUAAUCACUGUUAACUAUUUAUUAUAUAUAACUUGACACUAAGGGUGCCAGCAAUCUAGUUCUGAAAAAGUAUGUACAUUAGUUACUGAGCAAUGGCCAUUUUAAGCUUGUUUUCACAUCUUGCUGUUUUUCCAGUCUGUUUAAGCCUUCUGAACAUAUCUUUAUGGUUUGAUCUAAUUUUUAUUUUUGACAGGAAUGUUCCUAAAUUGCAAGAAGCACAAUAUGGAAUAAAACUAUGCUAACAGAAAACAUAUUUCAGCAGACUGUUCCUGUUAAAGGCUUGCUUUUCAUUUGUUUCUGCAUUAAAAAAAAUUAUUACUACUUUAUGGAGCCAGGUGACUAACAAGACACUCCUUUAAAUAAGUUACUGCACUUUCUUUGAAGUGCUGAAACAGAGAGGGGGAUGCAUAAUAAAUCAGAAUGGUUGUGGUUCAAGAACUGGUCAAGGCCUGCCCCUUAUUCAUUCAGUUUAUUAGAGAUAACUCUAUAUUGAUAUUCAUUAUAUAUUCUCAGGAAUGGAGAAGAAAAUUUUCAAAUGCUGGUAUUAUUGUACAAGGUUAUGAAGAAUGUGCUUCACAUACAUUUUACAUGUUUACAGUUUAUAUGACUCUCUUGUGAACAUGGUAAUAAACCUCCGAGUUUUGUAAAAGAA